AUGAACAAGAAGGUUGUGGUGAAAGCUGUUCACAACCACCCCAAGUUCAGACCAGUUACCAAGUCUUCAAACAAGAGUUCCGUCCCUCGACAAGCCGAUGCAGCACCGUAUAAUUCCUGCUGCGCAUUUUUCCUUCAGGCCUUCAGAAAUGAACUCUGCACCCUCGAGUCCCUCGGCAGUCAUCCCAACAUCGUCAAGCUCCUCGGUCGUUCAAGUGAUUGCACGUCCAUUGUGCUUGAAAUGGCAGAAAACGAUCUGCAUACAAUCAUAUCCACCCGAGGAAGUCAGCUCGACCUGUCAUCAAUCAAGCGUUGGUCGCAGAACAUCUUGGAAGGGGUGGCCUACCUGCACAACAUGGGGGUCACCCACACCGACUUGAAGCCAGAAAAUGUCCUGAUAUCACCUGACAAGGUUGCUAAGAUAUGUGACUUUGGGAUCGCUCAACGCGGAAUACCUGGAGGCUCAUGGUUCGUUGCCUCUGAGAUCACCACGCUGUGGUAUCGGGCGCCGGAGCUGUUGAUGGGGGCUCGCACCUUCGAUCAGAUGGUCGACUUGUGGGCUGUCGGGUGUAUCCUGGUGGAGAUGCUGUAUGGCAAGCCCUUGUUCAAAGGUCAACUCAAUACCGUGUGCAAAUGCCCUGAGGCGACACAUCGCAACUUCAACUCCGAUCAGCUCGCAAAGAUUUUUGCAAUCGCUGGCUCGCCGAAAACGUUUGAGGGACUUGAGUGCGUCAACCACUUUCAAAGCUGGCCAAAAUAUGCGCGGAGGAUCGACGAGAUUGUUUACUCGUUGCACAAGAACAAGAGGGUCGUGCGCGACAUCAAGAAUCAAGGGUCAAAGCAGGAGCCUUCAGGCAGUGACUGGGUCGAAGUCAUUAGCGGGUUGCUUCGCCUCAAUCCGCGCGAGCGCUACAGUGCUCGUCAUGCUCUUACCAAGCGCUUGUUCGGACAGCAGGCGGCCAAGUUCUUCAUGAAGCUGCAAGGCAUCGCGUAA